CCGUCGCCGAGCCGGCGAAGAGGAGACGACCGUCGUCGGGAGAGAACCGACUGUAAUAGGAGCAACAAUUCUACUGCAGUCCGCCGUCUACGUUCCUCCGAGGCGCUUGGUUGCCCGAACGUGUAUGUUUUGUGUCGAUGUGACCGUGCGUGUGUGUACGUGUGUGCGUUGAGCGCUUGGACGGCGAUGAUGAUCACGCGCAGCCCUCGUAAUGUCAAUAGGAUUUUACGAUAACGUUAAAUAAUAAUAUGAAUGCGGCGUGCCGUUAAAGUCUCCGCCGCAAUAUAAUUUUAUUGUACCGUGAUGUAGAUAAUCGCAAUUCACGAGUUCACGACAUGCAUAAUAGAUUAAGAUAAAUAUGUACCGGAUAAAUUGUUACAUCCCGGAAUACUGAAGUAAAAAUAUCUACAGAUAUGUGAAUAUAGAAAUGUUGUCAAAAUCAUGCCACAAAGAGACCUAUCUGAGGCGGAGCCAGAAAAUGGGUGUGGUGAAGAAGGUUUUAUGGAAAAAGUGCGCGAAUCAAACGCUGCAUGUGAAUCUGGAGACUAUGCGCGAGCUAUACAAUUGUAUAGUGAAGCUCUACGUCACUAUCCUGACAACCACAUUCUAUAUUCCAAUCGGUCUGCAGCUCUGCUCAAGUUGGGCAGGUUUACAGAAGCACUACAUGAUGCCACUUGUGCCCGCCAGGUCAAUCCUAGUUGGCCAAAGGCACAUUACCGAGAGGGUGUUGCUCUACAAUGUUUGGGGAGGCAUGGAGAUGCUCUUGCAGUAUUUAGUACAGGGCUAUCCAUUGAGCCAAAAUCUACUCAGCUAUUAGCUGGUCUUAUCGAGGCUUCUAUAAAGUCUCCUCUUAGAGGUGUAUUAGAGCCUACAUUUGAACAGUUACAAAGCAUUAAUCAUAAUGGAAUAACAUUGGACAAAUCUCCAUUUCUCGUCAUGUCUGUGAUAGGUCAAGAAUUAUUAGCAGCUGGACAGUAUUCAGUGGCUGUAGUUGUCUUAGAAUCGGCACUUAGAAUAGGAACUUGUAGUGCUAAGUUAAGAGGUUCUGUGUUUUCUGCAUUAUCUUCAGCUUAUUGGGCACUAAAUUCUUUAGAUAAAGCAAUUGGAUACAUGCAACAAGAUUUAUUAGUAGCUAAGUCUUUAAAAGAUAUAGCUGGAGAAAGUCGAGCUCAUGGUAAUUUAGGAUCAGCUUAUUUUAGUAAAGGAAGUUACAAAGAAGCACUUACAGCGCAUAGAUACCAAUUAGUUUUUGCGAUGAAAGCCAGAGAAAUGAAAGCUGCUGCAUCUGCUCUUACUAGUUUGGGUCAUGUGUAUACUGCAAUUGGUGAUUAUCCAAAUGCUUUAGCAUCACAUAAACAAUGUGUACAGUUAGUUAAACAAAUUGGGGAAGUUCUUCAAGAAGCUAGAGAGAUUGGAAAUGUCGGUGCUGUUUAUUUAGCUAUGGGCGAAUUUGAAAGUGCAUUGGACUGUCAUAUGCAGCAUUUAAAGUUAUCAAAAAAAUUAGGAAAUAAAGUUGAAGAAGCAAGAGCUUAUAGCAACUUAGGUUCAUCAUAUCACUAUAGGCGUAAUUUUACUCAAGCUAUUAAUUAUCAUGAAAAUGUCUUAAGACUUGCACAAGAACUUGGAGACAAAGUGAUUGAAGCCAGAGCAUAUGCUGGACUUGGUCAUGCAGCAAGAUGUGCAGGAAACUAUUCUCAAGCUAAACAUUGGCAUGAAAAACAAUUAGACAUGGCAUUAAAUACACAUGAUAAAGUAGGAGAAGGUAGAGCAUGUUCAAAUUUGGGUAUUGUAUAUCAGUUACUUGGGGCUCACGAGUCUGCAUUAAAACUUCACCAUGCUCAUUUAAAUAUUGCCAAGUCUUUACACGACCGAGCUGCUAUGGGGAGAGCAUUUGGAAAUAUAGGAAAUGCUUAUAGCGCUAUGGGUUUCUAUGAACAGGCAAUUAAAUAUCAUAAACAAGAAUUAACAAUAUCAAAAGAAGUUAAGGACCGAAAUUCUGAAGCAUCUACUCAUGGAAAUCUAGCAGUAGCCUAUCAAUCUUUAGGAGCAUUCGAAAUGGCUCUUUUACAUUAUAGAGCUCAUCUAAAUAUUGCUAGAGAAUUGAAAGAUACAGCUGGAGAAGCUUGUGCUUUAUUGAACCUCGCCAAUUGCUUAAGCACACGAAGUGACUUUUUGCAAGCCAUUCCAUACUAUGAAAACUAUCUAAUGUUAUCUCAGGAAUUACAUGACAUUGAAGGAGAAGCAAAAGCUUGUCAUUUUUUGGGUUAUGCUCAUUACUGUUUGGGUAAUUAUCGAGAAGCUGUGAGAUAUUAUGAUCAAGAUUUAUCUUUGGCCAAAGAUCUCCAAGAUAAAAUGAAUAUGGGCCGAGCUUAUUGUAAUUUAGGUCUUGCUCAUUUAGCAUUAGGCAAUCUUGAAACAUCAUUAGAAUGUCAAAAGUACUUUUUAGCUAUAUCACAUAUGACGAAAAGUCUUCAAGCAAAACUCCGUGCUUUAGGUAAUAUUGGAGAUAUACUUAUUAAAAUGAAUGAUACAGAAGAGGCCCUCAAAAUGUAUCAUCGACAAUUCACGUUAGCCAGACAAAUUAGAGAUACAAAUAUGGAAGCAGCAGCUUGCAGUUCUUUAGGACUAGCUAACAGAUAUAUAAAAUGUUAUGACAAGGCAUUAUCUUACCAUUGCCAAGAAUUGGCUCUAAGACAAGAAGUAAAUGAUUUAAAAGGUGAGUGCUGUGCUCAUGGACAUAUUGGAGCAGUGUAUAUGUCUCUUAGAAAUUAUACCAAUGCAAUAAAAUGUUACCAAUUACAGCUCGAAAGAGCAAAAGAACUGAGGGAUAAUGCAAUUGAAGCUGAAGCUUUUGGAAAUUUAGGUAUAGCAAGGAUGAAUAUGGGAAUUUACGAAGGAGCAAUUGGAUAUUUUGAACAACAAUUAGCUACUCUAGAACAGUUGUCAUCUCAUACAUCUUUAAUAGAUAAAGGUCGAGCGUUUGGAAAUCUUGGCGAUUGUUAUGAUGCAUUAGGAGAUUUUGAUGAAGCUGUUAAAUGUCAUGAACAUUUUUUAACUAUUGCUGUACAACUUCAAAACUUACGAGACCUCGAAAAAGCAUAUGGUUGUCUAGGUCAAUCAUACAGACGAAUUGGACAGCUUGAUCAAAGUCUUGUUUGUUUUGAAAAAAUACUAGUCAUUGCUCAUGAACUUAAUAACUCAGAGAUGAAAGCUUCUGCAUAUGGUGAAUUGGGUUCCAAUCAUGUCAUGAUGGGUAAUUACCAACAAGCAGUAUCCUGUUUGCAAAAUCAAAUAUCAAUAGCUAGAGAAUUAGGUGAUAGAAAUAUUGAAGCAAACGCAGCAUCUGCUCUUGGAUAUGCACAUCAGUUAAUGGCUCAAAAUAGUGUGGCUCUACACUACCAUAAAUUAGAUUUAGAAAUUGGCAAAGAACUUAAUCAACCGUUAUUGCAAUGCAGAGCAUACGGAAACAUUGGAAAUGUAGAAGAAAUUUUAGGAAACUUAAAUGAGGCUAUUAAAUAUCAAGAAGAGCAUUUGUCAAUAGCUAGUCAAAUUGAUGAAAAAACAGCAAAGGCUGCUGCAUAUGGAAGUUUAGGAUCAUUGCAUCAUACAUUAGGGCAUACCAGCCAAGCAGUCAUAUAUCUCACACAAGCUCUACAAAGUAUUGAUAUGACAGGAAAACCAGAUGAAGAAGGCUGCAUUAGAUAUAAACUUGGAAUGGCAUUAUUAGCUGAUGGACAGUCUGAUGCUGCUAGAGGUCAUUUAGAACAAGCGUCUGAAUUGUUAGACAACGCUCUUAACACUAUUACUUUAGAACAUUCUCAUUCUAUUACUCAACUAAGAUUGGAAUGUUACCAAGCUUUACAAACUGUGUUAGUGCAACUAAAUAGAUGUGAGGAAGCUCUUUUAGUUACAGAAAAAUAUCGUAUUAGAGCAAAAAUUUCUAGUCAUAAUACGAGAAUCAAAUCUUCUCCGGAUUACCAUAAAAUAAAUUCUGUAGACAGUAUACUUGAUAUUGUAAAUAAACAAAAAGCUUCAGUUCUCUACUUCAGUAUAGCAUCUGGUUAUUUGUUUUCUUGGCUCAUUAUUCCAAAUAAAGGUGUUGUUAAAUUCCACGAAACUUUAAUUCAAACUGAAAAUGGCAUAGAUAAUCUAUUGACACAGUAUCUCAAAGAUGUGAAAAAUACACUCAAUGUUCAGCAACCAAUAAUUGAUUCAGAUUUGAAUGAAGCUUGUCACUUAGACGAACUAGGAGAUAGACUAGCUCAAGAAAAUGAGCGUAGUUAUUUAAGAAUGGUCAAUCGAAACCAUUUAUAUAACUCAAGUAAUUACAGUUUAAGCAGUUUGUUCAGUGUUGGAAGCUUAGGUGGAAGUACAGUUGGUUCUGCUAGUCGACCAGGUAGCGUAAGAGCAAAAAAAACAAAAGCAUGGCUAAUUCCUGAUAGUCUAAACAAAUUAUACGAAUUACUAAUAGCUCCUUUUGAAGAUUUUCUUUUUGCACCAUGUGCAUCUCAUAGUAAUAAAGGUUGUUCAGGUAGAAAAGAAUUAUUAUUAGUUCUUGAACAAGAUUUAUUGUUGGUGCCAUUUUCAAUGUUACACCCAAAAAUAGAUGACGAUAGUCAUUUAUCUGGAGAAUACUUAAGUGAAAAUUUCAGCUUACUCGUUACACCUUCUUUAAUGAAAUUUAAGGAAAAUCAAAGAGCACAAAAGAAAGCUGGAGUUAAUGAAUCUUCAAAUAUGACCACACUUGUGGUUGGUAACCCAUUACUCCCAAAUUGUGUUAAUGAACAACUUAGUUUAAAUGAACUCCCACAUACAGAACAAGAAGCUAGUAUGGUGGCUGAAAUGUUACAAACAAUACCUUUAAUUAAAGCACAAGCAAAUAAACAUAACAUUUUAGAACAACUAGUCAAAGCAGAGUGCAUUCAUUUAGCUACCCAUGUUAGUUGGGAAUUAUCAGCCAUAAUUUUAUCUCCAGAUGAAAGUGAAACUACUCCACAGUCUGAUAUGAAUAUAUCCGAAGUAUUAUUAACUACAGAAGAUUUAUUAUCUCUUAAAUUAAAUGCACGACUAGUAGUAUUAAGUUGGUCACAUGCAAGAGAUGAUUGGGCUACAUCAAAAGGACUAUACGACCUUACCAAUGGUUUGCUCAUGGCUGGAGCUCAAUGUAUACUUGUAUCUUUGUGGCCAGUGCCAAGUACUGCUGCUAAGAUUUUAUUAAGAGCGUUUUACUCUGCUUUAUUACAAGGAUCAAGAGUUUGCCGUGCGUUAUGUGAUGCAAUGCAAACAGUUCAACACACAAAACAUUUUUCUCAUCCAUCAAACUGGGCUGGAUAUUUUUUAAUUGGUUCAGAUGUACGUUUAUCAAGCAAAGUUGCAUUAAUGGGACAAGCUUUAUGUGAACUAUUAAAAACACCUGACCGAUGUAGAGACGCUUUAAGAGUUACUCUUCACCUGGUUGAAAAAUCUUUGCAACGUAUUCAUCGUGGACAGAAAAAUGCAAUGUACACCACUCAAAAGAGCAUUGAAAAUAAAGUUGGUGAUGUUACUGGGUGGAAAGAACUUCUGCAAUCAGUUGGAUUUCGUUUUGAACCUGCUGCUAAUGGUAUACCAUCUUCAGUAUUCUUCCCUCAAAGUGAUCCCGAAGACAGGUUAACUCAAUGCAGUGCUAGUUUACAAGCGUUACUUGGUUUAAACAGUACUACAUUAAGUGCAAUUUCAAAAUUAAUAUUGACAUCUGAUGUUACGGAUGAUGUAAUUGCUGUCAUAAGGCAUGUAGUCGAACAAUUAAAUAAUAGACUUUUAUCUGAAAAUGAACAGUCAGUUGAGAUGCCAGUUAACGUUAAAUUAUGGCACACUCCUGGAUGUCACGAGCUUUUAGCAUCUCUAGGUUUUGAUUUAAUUGAAGUUGGAAUGGACGAAGUUACACUACGUACUGGUAAACAAGCUAAUAAACGUAGUAUUCAAUUUGUUCUUCAAGCUCUGUUAGCCUUAUUUGAUACACAAGAAGCACCCAAAAGUCUUUCUUUGUGUUCAUCAAGUUCACUUGAAAGUGUAAUAACUGUUGAAGACGAAAGGCAAAAAGAUUCUCCAUUAAAGCCCAUUUUAACAAAUGCACUGCGAGUGUCUGGUAGUAAUGGAUCAGGAGCGUUUACCAGUUAUGUGAGAAAAAGAGGAGAACCAGAUGGUAGAACUGCCUCAGAUGCGUCCACUCAAAUCACUAAGAAUUCUACUGGAGUGUUGAUCAUGCCAACAAUAUUGAGCCGCAGAUCAGGUGGUACUAAUGGUGGCGGGGAAAGUGAUGCUGCAUUUACACCAUCACCACCAGUUCCGGGAUUAGGGGAUGCAUUAAGCAAAACUUUAGCACACCAAACUAAAAUCAGAAAUUUAUACUCUACUCCCGCCAGACCAGACUCAUCAAGUUCAGCUAGCUCUGCAACAGAUUGGGAAGGAAACGGGCACUCUACCAUACUCCGCCGCGGAACUCACUCGCUACCUCCUAUACCCCCGAUUAAAAAACUGCAUAAGGCCAACGACAUUUUGGACAAUAUCGUGGCAGUGGACACGGAACCAAACCAUCAAUCGGACGACGCGGACAAGAUGUCACUGUAUCUAGCGCAAGUGCUGGACAUAUCGGAAAAGGAACCCCCACCGUCUAAGGUGCAGCCAAACGUGGACGUGGUGAACAGCGGGCUGCAGGAUCACAUCAGGACGUCGCAGUUGCGGCAGCUCAAUUACGAACCGAAACCUACGAUAUCAGACGUAUACCAUGAACGAAAAAUUGGACUGGGCCUAGCGCCGUCCCUGCUCAAACUAUUGUCGCUUGACAAACAGCAGAAUCAUCAUCAUCAUCAACAGCAGCAGCAGCACGUCAGCAAGGACAACCGGUCUAGCUGGUUAUCACCGUCCAUGCUGAAGAGGUUCGGUGGUGGAGACAGCGCUCAGGAAACGACGUACGGCGAGUUAAACAAGAGGGACGAGGGCGAUGGCCGAUCCGUCGCCGAAUCUCAGUCGAGCACCGGCAGCUACAAGAAACGGGCCGACCAUCCGAACACAGCCGCCACCGUCGCCUCUGGAAUUCGCAGUUUCGAAAGCCUCGUUGAAGAGGAGAACGGUUCGUGCAAAGAACUGAAAAUCCGUAUCAAGAAAAAAUCGUCUUACGUGCCCCCUCCGCCACCGGGCACGUCAUCAUCUUCAUCUUCUUCUUCUGUUAUCAAACCUGGAUCUAUGACCGACUCGUAACGGACGGUGUUGAUUAGUCGUAAAUACUAAACGGUACAAGUCAUCUAUUUACAUAUUUUGUUUUUCAUUUUAAUCGUUUGUAUAAUAUUUUGUACGUAAAAACCUACUACCGAUGUAUUUAAUUAUAUUAUAGUUGUUUUGUGUAAGUCAUGGGAAUAGAAAUGUUUUCCUUUUAUAGUUAUUACUAUAUUAUAUUAUA